AACUCCUCGCCAGCUGCCAGCAUCUCCCCUCACUGACAAAGAUGAGGAGCGCCACAACCUUCUUCCUCCUCUCGCUCGCCAUCCUGUUGUGCACAUCCCUCGUCGCAGAUGCGUCCCAGGAGGCUCAGCUUAGCAAGUUCAUGGCGUCCAGGAUCGGUCCCCUGCCGGAGCGCUGCAAGAGCCCGCCGAGCGGCAGCAAGGAGGCCGACAGGAUCGCGGAGCUCCCUGGCCAGCCGCUGCUCAUCGACUUCGAGCAGUACGCCGGGUACGUGACGGUGAAAGAGGAGCACGGCCGCGAGCUCUUCUACUACUUCGUCGAGGCCCCCGAGGACGCGGAAUCCAAGCCGCUCAUCCUCUGGCUCAACGGAGGGCCGGGGUGCUCGUCGCUGGGGUACGGGGCGAUGAUGGAGAUCGGCCCGUUCCGUGUCAACCCCGACGGCAAGACGCUGAGCCGGAACAAGCACGCCUGGAACAACCUGGCAAACGUGAUCUUCCUGGAGUCGCCGGCCGGCGUCGGAUUCUCCAUCUCGAGGGACGCCGCCGACUUCAAAACCGUCCACGACGGGAGGACAGCCGAGGACACGUACACCUUCCUGCUCAACUGGUUCGAGAGGUUCCCCGAGUACAAGGGCCGCGAGUUCUUCGUCGCCGGCGAGAGCUACGGCGGCCACUACGUCCCGCAGGUCGCCACCGUCAUCGCGCUCAUGAACCGCCGCAUCCCCGUCCUGCAGACACCCAUCAACCUCCGGGGCAUCUUCGUUGGCAACCCGUUGCUCGACAAUGACCUGUUCAACAAGGGGUACUUGGAGUUCCUGUGGAGCCACGGCGUGGUGUCCGACGAGGUCUGGGCUGACAUCCUCUCCAACGGUAGCUUCGCCCUGCCCGACGACUUGAUGUACUCCCUGGCAGAUCGCACGCUCAAGGGAGCGAAAGUCGAUUGCUUUAACAUCUACGCUCCGGUCUGCCUGCAGUCGCGCAACGGCACCCACUACUCCAGCAGCUACUUACCCGGCUACGAUCCGUGCAGCGAGCACUACGUCAAAUCUUACCUCAAUCAUCUCGAGGUGCAAACGGCUCUGCACGCUCGGAUCGGCAACUGGUCAGCUUGCAUUCCAAACUUGACCCGGAUCGAUUCCCCAACGUUCAUGGUGCCAACCGUCAGAUAUCUGGUCGAUAUUGGGCUAAGAGUAUGGAUUUUUAGUGGUGACUUCGAUUCCAUAUGCUCACUUACUGUGACGCGGUACUCUGUCAAGGAUCUCAAUCUAGCUGUCACGAAAAAGUGGCGCCCUUGGUACGCCCCUAACGGCGAGGUUGGAGGCUUUGUUCAGCAGUACCAAGGAGGCUUCACGCUGGCGUCAGUAAGGGCAGCUGGCCAUACGGUCCCUACAUUCCAGCCAGAGAGAUCACUUGCUCUGCUCUACGCUUUCCUGGAGAACAUGCUCCCUCCGGCUGAUAUACCAGAGGCUCAGCUCAGCAAGUUCCUGUCGUCCAGGGCCCUGAAGAGGCUCAGGAACAGGCCCACAGGGAACGAGCCCGAGGAAGAAUCCGACCCAUGGGCCGACCCCGGCACCUUCGCGCACCUGCCCGAGCGCUGCAAGGGCCCGCCGAGUGGCAGCAAGGAGGCCGACAGGGUCCUUGGGCUCCCCGGCCAGCCGCCGCGCGUCAACUUCCGGCAGUACUCCGGGUACGUGACGGUGAACGAGGAGCACGGCCGCGAGCUCUUCUACUACUUCGUCGAGUCUCCCUACGACGCGGAAUCCAAGCCGCUUAUCCUCUGGCUCAACGGAGGGCCGGGAUGCUCGUCGCUGGGGUUCGGGGCGAUGGAGGAGCUCGGGCCCUUCCGUGUCAACCCCGAUGGGACCCUGAGAAGGAACAAGCACUCCUGGAAUAACUUGGCGAACGUGAUCUUCCUGGAGUCGCCGGCGGGAGUUGGGUUCUCCUUCUCGAGGAACGCCACCGACUACGACACUGUCGGCGACCGGAGGACCGCCGAGGACACGUACGUCUUCCUGGUCAAGUGGCUGCAGCGGUUCCCCGAGUACAAGGGCCGCGACUUCUACAUCUCCGGCGAGAGCUACGGCGGCCACUACGUCCCGCAGCUCGCCACCGUCAUCAUGUCCAUGAACCGAUUCCCGGGCCUGCUGCCUCGCAUCAACCUCCAAGGCAUCUUCUUUGGCAACCCGUUGCUCGAUGACUACCUGAACGGGAAGGGGAACCUGGAGUUCCUGUGGAGCCACGGCGUGAUCUCCGACGAGGUGUGGCGGAGGAUCCUGGGCAACUGCACCUUCACCGCGUCCGACGACUGGCAGUGCUUCGUGGCGGCGCAUUCGUUCCAGAAAGGGAACAUCGAUCGCUACAACAUCUACGCCCCGGUCUGCCUGCAGGCUCGUAACGGCACCUACUACCCCAGCAGCCACUCGUUGCCCGGAUACGAUCCGUGCAGCAACUACUACAUCGAACCGUACCUCAACAACCACGCGGUGAAGCAAGCUCUGCACGCUCGGCUCGACACGAAUUGGACAGGUUGCAAUGAAGACUUGGCCUGGAACGAUGCCCCAGUGUCCAUGGUGCCAAUCAUCAAAAGGCUGGUCCAUAACGGGUUGAAAGUAUGGAUCUAUAGUGGCGAUUUUGAUUCCAUAUGCUCGCUUACCGCGACACGGUUUUCUGUCAAUGAUCUCAAUCUGACCAUCACGCAAAAAUGGCGCCCUUGGUACACCCCUGACAGCGAGGUUGGAGGUUAUGUUCAACAGUACCAAGGAGGCUUCACGCUGGCGUCAGUAAGGGCAGCUGGUCAUUUGGUCCCUACGUUCCAGCCUAAGAGAUCACUUGUCCUUCUCUACGCUUUCCUGAAGAACAUGCUCCCACCGGCUGACAUCCCAAACUGA